AUGGACUACGCCUUUUUCGAAGAAUAUGACCUUGAUAUGUUUGAUGAUUACCCAUUGGGAGACCAUUUCCCCUCAGUUUCAAUUUCUUCUCCUUCUACCACUGAUAAAGAUUCACAGCCAGAUUCCGAAGCUGAUAACCUUACAGAAUCAAACACCCCUUCUCCAAAUCCUGUUGGACUUUGUUCGCUUCCAACCGAAAUACUUUUACUCAUCUUGCAUAAAGUAAUUCUAUCAGAGAAUAGACCCAAAACUGCCAUACUAUCAUUACCGCUCACCUGCAAAACAUUAUUUAAAAUCUCACGCGAUCCUAUCGUUUGGGAGAAGUUGUUUAGCGAUGAAUAUGACGUCAUUGCGCGAAAACGGCGGGUUCAGAACUAUGGGAGAAACACAAAGAAAUUGGUGGAUCUAUGUGCCGCCGAUUUUUGUAUUCAAGUUUAUCAACGGCUACAUUCCUGGGCAGAUUUAUCGUUGAAACAUUUCACUUCUGUACUGUUAACGAUUAAAGUGAUCUCUUAUAUGUUGACACAAGAUAUUCCAAGUCUUGAUUUAAUUGUUGGGAGUAUGGCUGCUGAAUUUUAUGAUCGAAUGCGAAAUUGGGAUCCUACCAAAGAUAGCGUUAAUAAUAUUUUAUAUACUCAUGCGCUGCAUAUUUGCUUGCGCAAUGAAAAUAAGGAACUCGUGGCUCCAUAUUUUUCUCCAUGCUCUUACGUUUUUGAGCCACGCAAAAAUGAUGAAUGGAUGUUAUGGGUAGAAGAUAUGCUGGAUUUAUUUUCCACCAAUAAAGUAUUAUGGUGCAUGAGAAACGACGCAUACGACACACAUAUGCCAAAUUAUUGGUACGGUUUCUCUAUGAACUCGCAAAUGACAAAAAUCACAAAUCUUUUAUUGCUCGAUCUCAAUUUCAUAAUUAUAAACAACCACCAUCAGCACCAUUACGAUGCUUUAUUACAACCAAGAAAUUAUUUCACAUCAUCGACAUCGUCGUCGUCAAUGUCUAAUUACAACAGCGGCAACAAUGAUACCUUCGCAACAAGUUUUUUCAUCCACGGUCAAUUAACCUACGAUUCUGGUGAAGAAAUUGAGGUGGUCGGUGAAUGUUGGCCGGUAGAUAAAGGAAGACGUGUAUCAUUUCAUUAUUUUAAUCCGAACAUGAAAGGUGAACUAUGGGAAUUCUGUGGGUACUACGUUGCGACAUUUGGUAUUGUUGGCAAAUGUUGGAGGAGAUUUUCGUCGGUUGAUCAAGCGGAAUUCUUUUGGAUUUGGAAAGAUAAUUUAUGUGACAUGAAUUGA